AUUUACAAAUGUGUGCCACUGCUAACUGUUGUGUAUGAGUGUAUUCUAUAGGUUUUUUCUGUUUAUUGUUGUUUACACAUCCUUAAUAUAAAAGUCUUAUUUAUCGGAUUUAUGUAAAAUAUUGAUUUAAAAUUAAUUAUAACUAUAUAAAUUUUGAUAAAAUUUAAAUUCUUACGAAACUAGUGCUGUGUCCUUUUAAUUUAAUCCAAUCUUCUCACCAGCAAAGAGAUAGCACAUGGGCGUGCAUGGCGGGCGGAGCGUGGCGGCGCGGCGCGGCUCGCGUGCGUACUCUUCGUGUCCUCCUGCGGGACACUGCUCGUGCGCUGCAGGAAGUGCAAGAUAUCUUGGCUUAUGAUCCCGAAAUACCCAACAUAAUCCAGGGCCUCACGAAUCAGGCUUCCCGCCCCACCGCCCUGGUGAUCUUGGGAAGUUCUCCAUCAGCUAGAGCAAGAUUACUGAAUUGCAUAUUAGGAAGACGACUCCUGCCCGAGUCAUUACCCAGAGGCUGCAGAUGGAUCCGUAUCCAGUAUGGUGCGUCAACGCAAGUACAUUUAACGGUGGGCAACUCGGAGUUCGAGCUGGUCGACGAGUUGGAGUGCAGCCGGAAACAAUGGGACACUUUGCCAUUGCAGGAUCUUCUGCGACAGGACAGCGAUUUAGGGACAACUCUAGAAGUCGAACUAAACAACUCCUUCCUCAAAGAUGGUCUAAAAAUAAUCGUCCCUCCAGACAUAAGCGAAGAUCCAGGGCCAGCGAAUUAUUUAACAUUAAAACAACUGCAUUCAGAGUUUUAUAACAGACGGGGUACAAUUUUAAAGUCAUACAGCCCGGUGUAUCUGUAUGCCUUGGAUAAUUUCGGUAGGAAUGUCUUCAGUGAGAAUAUCAUGCCGAAGAUGACCGUCUCUAGGAGCGAGGAAGAUUUCUGGUCGACGUUUAGCCUGUAUUAUAUGACGAAAGUCAAUAAUAAUGAUGCUAAUAUCAAGAUAGAGGAGGAGGUUGAUGAAGUUUGGAAAGAAGGGGAUGAGUCAGCUGUUUUUAGUUCCGAGAACUGUUUAGAUCUCCACCAGAUCAAGGAAAUCGAUGUCAACGCUCAGGUCCUGUUCAUUCUCUUCUCGAACAGUGAAGCAGAGGAGAAGAGAAGAAACAAUCUCAGUGAGGCGACGGAGUCCACUGAGCUGUGUAACACUGAGGAGUUGCCUGAGUCAGACCGGGGACUGGUUAAGAAUAAUGUUUCUGGUACCAGGCAAAUAGAGCAAUCUGAACAAAGCAAGCCUUCAAAUAGAAGAUUACAAGAGGAACAGACGGCAUUUAUGAAUGAACUCCUGGACCAAUGGGAGCUUAUAUCUAAUCCCCCUCCAAAACACCACGUCAAAAGCCAAUGGUCGAUUAUAGAUGACGUUGAAAUAUUAAAGAACUCCGAGAGACAAGAAAACGAGCACGGCAAGAAGAAGAAGGAAGUCGAUAUCGAUAGAACUAUCAAGAGUAGAAGUUCGUUAUUGAAUACAGUGAUUAAGUUCGCGACUGAAUGUUCACAGAGCUAUUUGUUGGAUCAGUGCACCAGGUUGAGCGAGAUACACGUGAAACUACUGCAGCAGUUCAUGCUGGCUUCAUUCGACAUGGCGCGAGAGCUGCAAAUAGUGCCGAAGAAGAUCCAGUACGUGGCGCGGCAGGAGCAGCAGCUGUACGAGACGAUAAGCGAAAAGUUUUCCGAAGGCGAUAAGAAACAGGAGCUGCUACAGAUAAUGCAAGAAGUACUCCAAGAGAUGAAGUCAGAAAUAAACAACAUGGACUGGAGUGUCGAUGACCAGCCGCGGCACCAGGAGCGGCAGCGCGCGCUGUCCCACUGCGUGCUGUACACGCGGCGCGCGGGGCCGGGGGCGGGCGGGGGCGCGGGCGGGGACGGGGGCGAGGGCGGGGGCGAGGACGCGGCGGAGGAGGCGGCGGAGUACGACGCCUGCAACUUGGACGACUAUGAGAUCAUCGACUCCGCCGACGAGAGCCUGUGCUGCAGCGAGGCCUUCGACACCUCGACCGUGAAUUCCGACUCUCUCGGCCGCGCGGAGGGCGAGGCGGCGUUCCCGCCGUGCGCCGGCGUGUCGACGCGCCAGGCCUCGCUCGACGUGCAGCGCACGGUUCUGUCGAAGUUAAGUCGGAAGAUCAGUCUGAAGUUGGUCAACUUUGUCGACUGUCUCAAGGACACUUAUUUUGGAACUCUACAACGCUGCCUGGAGUCGCUGGAGGGCUGGUGCCGGCGCGAGCUGGGCGGGCGGCCGGCCAGCGAGGCCAUGCGGCAGCUGCUGGCCGUGGCGCGCCAGGUGGACCUGACGCCGUGCGCCUCGUUCUCGCUGCUGACGGAGCUGCUGGACUCGCUGCGGCGCCUGCUGAGCCGCCUGCGCCGCGCGGGCGCGCGCGCCGCCUCGUGCUGCGCGCUCAGCGCCGCGUGGCGCCGCCGCGCCGCGCUGCACUGCGCCGCCUCGCUGGGCCCGCAGCGCCUCGCGCGCCUCAUCUCGCUGCAGAUUUUGGAAAGACUGAGCGUCGCGCACGAGAGGUACCAGUCGGCGCUCGCGUCGCUCGAGACCGCUUUAGCGAGCCGCUUACAUCACACGGAAGAUAUCAAGCUAGCUAUAAGGAAAAAAUACGCACCGGCAUUUGCACGUUUGUGUCUGGAGAGCACGUCCAUGUGUGAUCUCUUAAUGUACGGAACCCCGGAACUCGGUCGUGAGAUUGGUCGCGGUCAGUACGGCGUCGUGUACUCGGUGCGCGGCGCGUGGGCGGGACACAGCCCGGCCGCCGUCAAGUCCGUGCUGCCGGCCGACGAGCGCCACUACCACGAACUAGCGAUGGAGUUCUUCUACACGAGGAGCAUCCCGGCGCACCCGCGCAUCGUGCGGCUGCUGGGCUCGCUCGUGCAGCGCGGGGGCGGCGGCGGCGGCGGCGGCGCGCCCGGCGUGCUGCUCGUGUCGCAGCGCCGCGCGCGCGACCUGCACGCCGCCGUGCGCGCCGGCCUGUCCUUCGCGCAGCGCAUGCGCAUCGCGUGCGACAUCGUCGAGGGCAUCCGCUACCUGCACUCGCUGGGGCUGGUGCACCGCGACGUGAAGCUGAAGAACGUGCUGCUGGACGAGCGCUCCCGCGCGGCGCUGUCGGACCUCGGCUUCUGCGCGGCCGAGGCGCUGCUGUCGGGCUCGCUGGUGGGCACGCCCGUGCACAUGGCGCCCGAGCUGCUGGGCGGCCUGUACCGCGCCGCCGUCGACGUGUACGCCUUCGGGAUCCUGUUCUGGUACUUGUGUGCCGGGAAUAUCAAACUGCCGUCCGCUUUUGAAUCAUUCCAAAACAAAGAACAACUGUGGAGUAAAGUGAAAAGAGGUCUCCGCCCGGAACGCCUCUCUCAUUUCUCGGACGAGUGCUGGGAGGUGAUGGAGUCGUGCUGGGCCUCCGAGCCUUCACAGCGAGCUCUGCUCGGAGACGUACAGCCGAAGCUGGAGGCCAUCCUGCAGCGAGCAUUGGAUGAGGACAAGGGACACGUGACAUACGAACCCACGGACUACAAGUCGGAUGACAGUCUCGAAAUGACCGGCUUAGAUGAAAAGUGGGAAAAUAGAUGUUAGUCCAUUGUGAUAAGGAACUAAAUUGCAUAAUAAUAAAUGAUACUUAUUACCCAGUUAAUAUCGAAGUUUUGUGAUAACGUAUGUUCAUAUCAAUGUAAUUUAUACAAGGAUAAACGAAGCAAUCUCUCUAUAGUAACUUCAAACUUGUGUAAAAUGAGAAUUCAUUAAAUACAUAAUAACAAUUUUAACCUUAUAAAGGAAAAAAACACCCAACUGCCCUGAAUGAAUUAAUUAAUUACUUUAAAGGCAGUGUCACUCACUGUAAGGAUUCCGAUAAUAGUUUACAUCCAAAUAUGAUCAGACACUUGAAUCUAAUUGCGGAAUAAAAAACUUACAUACACAUAUGUCAGAUAUUUCUGGCGGUCGUGUAAUAAAAGAGGUAUAUCUUUAGUCUUUUGUUCAUAAACUCUAAAUUAAAGUUCACGGAACCGGAAAUGUCGCUUUUUAAGACUGGAUCCAAAAUGCAACGUGUUUAAAUGGUACAAGUUUAAAGUGGAUACAAUUUGUUCUUAAUUGAUUUUAGCAAUUGUUUUAUUUUUUGAUUGCAUUAUUUUAAGAACUUUCAAGUCAAAAAGAUAUUGCUAACUAGUAGCUAAAACAAGAAAAGGUAAAUUUAUUUAAGAUUGUAUUGUCUAAAGAGUUAGGAGUAGUUUAAAAUUAUUAAUUGAAGUAUAACUUCGUUUGGGUGCGAUACAGGGAAAAAUUGAAAGUUUAAUUUGAGUGCAGCGUUUCAUGUGUGAUGUUUAACUUAAUCGAUUUAAUUUUAA